AUGGCCAAAGAGACCAUCGCGCCGCCUCCGCCGGCCUCGGAGCUCAAUGUCUAUGUGUCCAGCCCCAGCGGCCCGCGGCCAACCAAGGAGACCACGUUCCGGGAGUGGGUGGUCACCAACCAAAUCGGUAUCUCCUUGACCAUUUUGGCUAUGUUGCUGGCUCUUCAUAACCUCUACCCGUCUCUACGCCCGUAUACCCAGCCUUUCUUCGAACUCUCCUAUUACGACCCCGCCUCCAACACAUAUGUCCAGGGCUGGGAUGAUCUGUACUUUGUCGCUAGCGCGACCCUAGCGCUCACUGCGAUUCGCGCCAUUAUCAUUGAAUGGGUUAUUCAGCCGAUCGGCCGCUCUAUGGGAUUGAAGCGAAAGGCGGCGCUUCGCUUGGCUGAGCAGGGUUGGCAGGUUCUGUACUAUGGCUUCAUUUGGGCCGUUGGUCUGUACCUCUGGAAGAAUUCCUACUAUUGGUUCGAUUUCGGCGCCAUUUGGAUGGAGUGGCCGGCGCGCCCGCUCGGCGGUCUCAUGAAGUGGUAUAUUCUGGUGGAAUUGGCGUUCUUGCUACAGCAGAUCUUCGUCAUUCAUGUGGAGGAGAAGCGCAAGGAUCACUAUCAGAUGUUGUCGCACCACGUUAUUACCAGCACGCUGCUCGGCUCGGCUUAUAUCUACGGCUUCUACAAUGUGUCCAAUGUGGUACUUUGCCUGAUGGAUAUUGUCGACGUUCUGCUUCCCUCAGCCAAGGUUCUCAAGUACCUCAAGUUCCAGAACGCCUGCAAUGUCGCCUUCGGUAUCUUCAUGGCCACCUGGGUCGUCACCCGCCACGUCCUGUAUAACAUGCUGUGGUGGUCGAUUUACAAGAAUGUCCCACAGCAAAUGGCCUACGGCUGCUACUCGGGCAGCACCGCGAAGAUGAUCAGCACGAACGGCUACCCCGAUGCCUUUGCAUACAUGUUCGGACCCUUCCGCGGCCUGGAGAACCCCAUCUGCAUGAACCGCACGAUCAAGUGGAUUUUCCUUUCCUUCCUGCUAUCCAUCCAGCUUCUCUCGGUUGUCUGGUUCAGCAUGAUCGUCCGCGUUGCAUACCGCGUUGUCUGCAGUGGCGCUGCCGAGGAUACCCGCAGUGACGAGGAAGAUGAGGUUGAGACCGAUGACACCCCCGCUACUAAUGGCACCGUGCGGCUGGCCGCCAAGGAGGGCGUUACCACUGCCCCCAUCGCCGUGAACGAAAACGCUCCUGGCCUGGACCGCCGGCGGUCAAAUGGUUCCGCUUCUGUGCGUGCCCGAGGCCGUGGCCGAGUACCCUUUGACCAGAGUGACCGCAAGGCUCUAUUGGGACGGAUUGGAUGUGACAAGCCUACUUGA